AUGGCCAGUGAUUUAGUGCAUGCUCUGACAACAAAUCACCUCCUUUUUCCAAUACAACAUCUUGUUGCAAACUCGUGCUCGAAAAGACUCGAAUACGUCCAGGACACGAAGCUGUACAACUCGGGAACAUUCAAGCUGGAGCGCGAGGACCAUACAAUGGGAAACUUGAUACGAAUGCAGCUAAUGCGAGAUCCAGAUGUCAUAUUCGUGGGCUACAAGCACCCCCAUCCUUACGAACAUCACAUACUGUUACGAGUACAGACGACAACGAGGCCGUCAGUUGGCGGGACUUACUUACCGCCAGAUGCGUUUAAAACCGCGCUACAGGAUUUGGCGGCAGAAGUCUCGACGCUGUCGGAACAAUUGAGGAGCCAGCUGCAUUAACGGACUGUCAUUUCACGAUCGUACUGGCACACCCAAUUGGCUGUGCCAGUACGACCGUGAAAUGGCAGGAUGCUCCCGCCGCAAAUGAUACAGAAGAGCAAGAGUUUCAGGCUUUCCAAGCGUUUCUAUCAAGCGCCUAUCCUUCCAAACAGGACUCAGAUUUUCUUCCCCCAAGACACAUUGCAGGAUGAAAUCGAAAGCACAAUAUCUGGACUGCAAUUUGGUUUUCCAAUUGUAUACUUGCACCCCACGCAAACACGCUUUUGCAUAAUGUAAAAACUAUAUUCAAGCAAGUAGGUACGGUUUGGAGUACGCAUCUAGAUGCGCCUCAGGCUUUUUUAGCGAUCUUCUGCCAUCACAAAAGUGUUUAUUCGUUUCGGGAUUCUGCCGUGUGCAAUCCUGUACAGAAAGUGCCA